GUUACAAUGGAGCUGACCCCAGACCAGAUGAAGAUACACCUUCUGCUCGUCGGGACAUGUUCAUUUGUAAACUAACCCCCCCAAAUGUUUCCAAUGUAAUGACCUCUGCAGCUGGCCGUGUUCAUGAUAGAGUCACACAAGGGAAGACAACUCGAGCAAGCAGUGUCACCAGACGUCGAUAAAACCAGGCGACUUUUACAUGUCCGGUAGAUAAAGUCAAAGAAUAACGUCGAUCUGGAAAAUCUCCAUUUGUGACCUUUGAGCUGUGUCCCCCGUUCACCUGAGAGCAUACUGCAGCCAGAGUCAGUGGGAUGGAGAAGGAGGCUAGGAGCUUCUUGGGGAGAUUUGUAGAGGAGUUUCAUGCUGCUCUAGACGACGACAGUCCUUUGCCAGUUAGCCUCCUGAGCCAAAAAGUGUCGCUGGAGGAGCUGCAUGGAGAGAGUCUGGAGCUGGGCCUGAGGCUGCUUGCUGCCAGGGGGGCUCCUGUAGGCCUCAGUGCCCUCCUGUGCCAGGCAGCGCUGUCCCAACUACUGCAAAAUGACCUUUCACCUUUCCACUGCUCUCAGAAUGCUGAGGCCAACCAGGAAGAGGACCAGCAAGUAGUCUUGCUUCACUCGGCUGGAGUUCAACGUCUCUUCCUCAACAAGCUGAUAGAUGUGGCAGUUGCAUGGCAUCAACACUUCCCCAAGCUCCCUGCUGCCCCCUCUCGGUUCAUCUACUGCUCUGUUCAUGCCAUCAAGAACACAAGGAGAAAGAUGGAGGACAAACACUUGGCCCUGGCUGAGUUCAACCAUCUCUUUGGAAUCCAGGACGGAGUGGAGCGUGCCUACUAUGCUGUGUUUGAUGGCCACGGAGGGGUGGACGCUGCAACCUACGCUGCCACUCACCUCCAUGUUGCUCUAAGUAAACAGGAGACGCUGCAGAAUGAUGCCGCCGCAGCCUUUAAAACUGCCUUCAAACUCACAGAUGACAUGUUCAAGGCCAAAGCCAAAAGAGAGCGUCUCCGAAGCGGCACUACAGGUGUGGCAGUACUGAUCCAGAAUGAGGAGCUGACUGUGUCCUGGCUGGGAGACUCUCAAGCAAUACUGGUCAGAAAGGGACAUGUUGUAACUCUUAUGGACCCCCACAAACCAGACAGAGAGGAUGAGAAACAGAGAAUUGAGGACCUUGGUGGCUGUAUCACCUUCAUGGGAUGCUGGCGUGUUAAUGGAACCUAUGCUGUAUCCAGAGCUAUAGGUGACUUUGACCAGAAGCCUUAUGUGUCUGGAGAAGCUGACUGCUCGGUAACCCAGCUGUCGGGGGAUGAGGACUACAUACUUUUGGCGUGUGAUGGCUUCUUUGAUGCAGUCAAACCUUCAGAGGUCCCACAUUUAGUCCUUGAUGCACUCCAACAGUCUGGUGAUGCAGGGGGCACGGGUGACACUCUGCAAGAACAGUCUGAGCAGUCUGUUGGACUGAGAGCUGCUGCACAGCUGGUAGGUCAUGCUAAGGCAGCUGGUUCUAGUGAUAACAUCACAGUCAUGCUGGUGUUCCUGCGUCCACCAGAGCAGCUGCUCGCUCAAGACUCCACCACGGGAACUGCACAAGCAACUCCGGAUUCCACUUCCCAAGAUGCACUGCAGCAGUGAAAGAAGGGGUCUGCUGCCAAGACACCUAUGUGCCAUGUUACUGCCUGACCCGGCAUUUGUUCCUCAGUCUGCUCCUGUAUCCCAGGUGCUGUCAGACAUGCACACAGCAGUGUACAACCUCAGUCUGUCUGUGCAUCAAAGGAGUGCUGAUUCAACUGUGUUUAGGCCAGACGAUUUAAAAUGGUCUGCUAGAUGAUGCAGGGCCAAAUGAGAUGUUAUUCAUAAUAUUCAGCCUCUACAUGUGGCAUUCCAUCCCCCAUUCCCAUGACAUUCAUCCCACAAUACUGCGGUUGUCCUAGUCACCCGCUCCCUCAAGUGGAUGCUAAUGUGUUAACUAGCUAACGUUGCUAGCGCCAGUUUUUAAUACCUUCAAUAUGCAUCUGGAUGAAAAGGAUGAAUCCACCUGUUAAAAGGAACCAGAACACAUGACCUCUACCAUAUUUCUAGGGAAGAACCCCAAGAACCUCAUUAGAUGGCCUCAUCCACAUUUGAAAUGUUUCCUACACCCAUGAAAAUACAUGUCUUUCAUGUAUGUACACAAUAAGUCCAUUACAUUUACCAGCACUGCUGCCUUUUUUUGCAGCAAUAGUGAUGUUUUUUUGCUUUAAUAAUGUUUUCACAUUCUUCAUAUUCAUGAGUAGACUGCAGCGAUGGAUCGAUUUUGUACAUUUCUGCAGUAGUAGUCAUGACACAAUGUAUACAGAGCUUGAGUGCAUACAUACAUGUGUAGAUGUUUUUAGAUUUAGUCGGUUCAGUGGUACUUUAAUUUCAGUAUUCAAUGGUGGAUAGAUUUCACACUUAUCUGUAUUAGCUUGUGAGAUCAGGGGUGUGAUUUGCAAGACACAGGUCAAGUAUUUGUAAACAUAAUGAGCAGCUACCGCUGUCAGUGUUUUUUGUGCCUCUCAUUCAUGUCUUCAUGUCCCACCGCAAGUAGUCCAUUCAUUUGUCAUGAUGGAAAUUCAUUCAAAGCAGAGCUCCACCAAAGAGCCUGCAAUCGUUGCAGAAGGUUAUAUGAUGUGUCAGUGUUUCCCCUAGAUGCAUUCUGCUGCUGGAUUUUCAGCACUGCUACUGCAGCUGCAAAAAAGACGUGAUUUCUGUAGGUAUAAUAUCACGGGCAAAUGGCAAAUUGAAGUUGCACACAGUGAAAGCACAACACCGUAAGUUAUAUUGAAAUCGAUUAUUACUGUCAUUACUGCUAUUUGAAAGUCACUGUUUAAGUUGAGUGGCUGAAAUCCUCGUCAUUCUAUUCAAAGGCUGCAACAGGAGACUCACUGAACCGGGGUGAAGUUAAUUUUAGGUUGGAUAUUCGGCGGAUAUUCACGCGGGUCCAGCCACGAAUUUACUGAGGUUUGCCCAGUCUUGGCAGCAGGAGGACGGUUAGCUCACCUCCCAGAGUCUCGCGCUGAAUCACUGGAGACUGAUUUAGGGUCCGUCAUCAAAUUACUAGCUAGCUCAGCGCCACUAUACUCAUCUUCAAUGUUAGCUGCUUUAUAGCGGGUGUUUGUGGGCUGCCACGGUCUCCUCGUAGUGAACAAGUGUCCACGAACUGUGAACAUAUUUUUAAGCACCAAUGUCAACUUCUACACUAUUUUGUCUCAUGUCUUAGAUUCUGAAAUUCUGAAAAUGAAUAAAAAAAAAAUUUAAAAAAAUCUCACCAGUAGUCACCAUUUAAAGGGUCGUUUUUCAGAAUUUUCUCCCGGGAACCCCCUAGUGUUGCAAGGUUGCUGACGCAGAGAACAGCUGCCACAAUAAAAUCUAGGGGAAACACUGUGUUAGGAAGAAUUUUGGACAUGUGGGACGAAAUAUUUCUUUCUUAGCUGAGGCCAACAACGGGACAAAAUAAAUGUAAAGAGACAUAUUGGAGCCAUAUAUUUUCCUGCUUUUUUGUCCUUUGCCAAUCACACCUAUGGAGAUAAAUCAUUACAGCUCUACAGAGCCUGCCUCCUCAUGACCACUGUACUGUUCUGACAGUCUGUUACUUUUUAUGUCUUGUUGCGCUGCCUAAGUAUUUGUUCUCAAGCUUGUUAUCAAUAACAUCUCAUUCAUAUGUUCUCAAUGCUUUGCCAUUAUUAAAUAUAUUUUGUGGAUUGCACUCAGACUUGUUCAGGUUCUGCAGUGGGAUUUGAUUCACAUAGACGUCAUUAACUUGUUUCAUUUUGAAAUAUUUUUCUCAAGCAACUGUUACUGUGCCUUCACCAGUCAUGACUCUGAACUGCCUUGGAACGCUGUUAACUGCUUUAGUGCUCCCUAAGGGAAACUGAAUCCUUUUUGAAGCUGCUGUUAACUCCAGUCUAAAAAAUGCUAAUGAGCCUUCAAGAAGUGACGUCAGUUGAUCUCCAAAGCCGAGCAUUACGACUACUGAUGUUGUUUUACAGGGUGCACCUUGCAGGUGUUGUUAGAUAAGUCAGUAAGUCUUGCAACUGGUUCUGAGACGUAUUUUUAGGCAACAGUGUUGUCAGUAUUUCUGUUUUGACAUAGUGCUACUUUGCCAAAACUACAUACAAAUGCUUGGCAUGCUGAGCUAACGGAGUACUGAUGUGCAUUAUUAACUCUUGACAGUAUUUCUAAAUUCUGUGUUUGAUUUUUUUUUAUAUUACGUAUUUUUUUAUUAUUAUUUUUUUAACAGUUCUUACUCAUGUCUUAUUGACAACAUUAAUGUCAGCUGUCAUAAUAUUGGAAUGUAAUAAAACACUGAAUAUUU